GCCGCGGCGGAUGGCUGGUGUGUGGACGGCGUGUGUCCCGGCUCCCGCCCCCGCCUCCUGAGGUGCGGGCCAUGGGCCAGAAUGAGCAGAUAUGCCGGCGCAGCGUUGCUCUGCGCGUGUGGCCUACUCGCCGGGACACUGACUGCGCUCGACGCCAAAGAGUGCGGCCGGCGGAGCGGUGACCAUCGCUCGCAGCGGAUCGUGGGCGGAGAGCGGGCGGUACACGGCGAGUGGCCCUGGCAGGUGUCGCUGCACCAGCGGAACCCGCACACGGGCCAGCUGCUGAGCCAGCACUGCGGCGGCACCCUGAUCGGCCCCAGCUGGGUGCUCACCGCCGCGCACUGCAUCGUCGAGUCAGUACCUGGGUUGCGAGCUCAGUACCUGGGCAGUACCUGGGCAGUACCUGGGCAGUAG